AUCGCUCUCCGCUCUCGAAUCUCCUCCAACAAGGCCGUGACCCUUCGCGAAACCCAACUAGACGCCGUAAUGCGUCUUCGAGCCGAGAAUCAAGCCCGUCUCACCGACUGUAUCUCUCUUCAAUUCCGUCAGUUAUCUCAUGAGUGUUGCACGUUGUCCGAUAUGUGGCGUACUUGUUCUGAUGUCUUUUUCAAUGCAUGA